AUGUGUGUGUCAAUAUGCACUGACGGCGCAGCUGCCCUUACUGGUUCAAAAAAAGGUUUUAAAGCUAAAGUUCUAGAAGUGUCUUCAAAUAUAAUGUUUAACCAUUGUAUGAUUCAUAGAGAAGCUUUAGCUUCCAAAAAACUUCAACCAGAUGUUAAUAAAGUACUCCUUAAUGCUAUAUGUGUAAUAAAUUUUAUAAAAUCAAAGUCAUUAAAUUCCAGACUUUUUACUAUACUUUGCAAUGAAAUGGGUUCUGACCAUGAAAAAUUGCUUCUUCAUACUGAAGUAAGGUGGUUGUCUCGUGGUAAAAUAUUAUCACGCCUUUUUGAACUCAGAGAUGAAGCACGAAUUUUUCUUCUGGAACGUAAUAAUAAACUUUCGGAACAUUUUUUGGACGAGCAAUGGCUUGCAAUUCUGGGUUAUCUUGCAGAUAUAUUUGAAAAACUAAAUUGUCUAAAUUUAAGCCUACAAGGGAAAAAUACUAAUAUUUUAUUUCUUUCUGAUAAAAUCAAUGCUUUUAAAAAGAAAAUUCUUCUGUGGAAAAAUUAUAUCGACGAUGACAAAUUUGAAAUGUUUUCAUAUUUAUCAGAAUUCCUCAGUAAUAAUGAUGUCGAUAUUAAUAUGAUAAAAGAAAUUAUAACUACUCAUCUAAUAAGUUUACAAACAAACUUCAAUGCACGGUUUGAAGAUUUCCCAAAAGAAAGUCUAGGUUGGAUAAGAAAUCCAUUUCAUUUCAAUAUCAAUGAAAUAAAAUUAGGAAAUUUAAAAAUAAGCGAAGAACUUAUUGACUUGUCAUCAGAUGAAAAUCUACGUAUCAGAUUUCAAGAAAAUGCAUGUGAUACAUUUUGGAUUUCCAUCAAAUCUGAAUAUCCAGAAUUAUCAAAACAAGCUAUAUCAAUUUUACUUCCUUUUGCAUCAACUUAUUUAUGCGAAACAGCAUUUUCAACACUAACGAUAAUUAAAAACAAAUAUCGCUCCAGAUUAAAUGUUGAAGCUGACUUAAGAGUGGCAGUGUCAAAUAUCAAACCAAACAUAGAAUCAAUCAUGUCUACAAUGCAAGCUCAGGUCUCUCAUUAA